GAUGCAAAAGCGACGACGUUUGAGCGGCGUCUAAAGCGAAGUCCUACUUUUGUUUUGACUUCUAAUCCUUUUCUUAUCAGACUUCGAUCUCUUUCUCUCUCUGCUCCCAACCAUCCCUCCUUCCUUUUCUCUUCAAAAUUCAGCCAACUUUUAAGUAUGUGGGGUUUUGCUUCUAACGCCAUUGCAAGCAUUGGGUUAAAGAAUUCAAAAGAGUCGAGUCGAGCUUGUUCCGAGUUUUCAGACGAUGAUGUAUGUUCUAAUGGUAGUAGAGAUGAAGGGUUGGAAUGUCCCAUUUGUUGGGAAUCUUUCAACAUCGUUGAGAAUGUUCCUUAUGUUUUAUGGUGCGGUCAUACCCUUUGCCAAAACUGCAUCUUGGGGCUUCAACCUGCUGUUUUGAAACUCCCCACUUCUCAAUUCGAGAUCCCUUUGUUCGUUUCUUGCCCAUGGUGCCACUUGCUAUCGCUCCGCCUCGUUUAUAAAGGGAACCUCAAGUUCCCUAGCAAGAAUUUCUUCCUUCUAUGGAUGAUUGAGAGCUUGAAUGGUGAUAGAUAUGGUGUUGUGAGGAGAGCUUCGCCUGGGGAUAAUCAGUGUAAUCUAAUGCUUGGAAAUCAAGCUAGCAGUGGUGUUGUUAGGAGGGAGUUAUAUGCUCAUGGUUCUCAACAAAUUCGGUCUGGAGAUAAUGGUGGCAGUAGUAACGUGGAGAGGCAUCAUCGUUUCUCACUUUAUAAGUCGUUUUAUUUCUUUGUUCACCUUACAACCAAGUUCCCAUUGGUCAUCAUGCUCCUUUUGAUUGUUUUCUUUGCAAUACCAGGGAGUGUUGUUAUCUUAUUACUUUAUUUACUGGUGACGGUUGUUUUUGCUGUCCCGUCUUUGUUGGUGAUGUACUUUGCAUUCCCUAUGUUGAAUAGGUUGGUAAGAGAAAUAGCCUCAUGAGAUGUUGCUUUCAUACUUCGAAGGUCUAAGAGAUUUAUGGUUUCUAAUGAAAAGCUUUCAGAUUAA